AUAAAUAGCAAAAUUCAUUCACACAAACACGUCAGCCAAGUGUAACGAUUUACCCACCAAAAAAAACUCAAGAAUCAAUAUGUGUCGGUAUCGUGGAAACAGAAAUUAUUUACAACAACAACAACAACAACCGCAACAACAACAACAAUUAUCAUCAUCACCAUCAUUAUCAUCAUUACCAAGAAUUUUACAGGCAAUAAUACGUAUGGAACGACAAGCUGAUAAUGAUUAUUAUCUAAUUCAAUCACGUUUAUUACAGAUAAAAGAAAUGGAAUCAAUAUUAAAUAAAUUAAUAUCAACACAUUUAGAUUCAGAUAAUUAUGUUGAUUAUCUAUUUCGUCGUGCUGAACAAUUAAGUACACAUCUGGAAACAUAUGAAAAUAUUAUUGGAAAAAUUGAUAUUGGUAAUGAAAUACGCAAAAAUUUCAAACAAAUUUCCAAUGAAUUUGUUGAAUAUUUAAAACAAAAAAUUCAAUUUAAAUCAAUAUGGAUUGAAAAUUUACAAACAAUUGAAAUUGGUCGACAAACAAUACGAGAAAAAAUUUCCAAUUUAGAUGAUUUUAGACAAUUAAUUGAAAAUCUAUAUGAAAAUGAUGAAUAUUUUCAAUUAAAUGAACAAAGAUUAAAAUUUGAUCAAGAAUUUGAUGAAUUAAAUCAACAUGUUGAUAAUUGUUUUCAAUAUGGACAACAAACAAAAGAAUUAAGUUCAAAAUUAUAUGAUAAACUGACCGAAUUGGAAACAAAUUUCCAACUGAUUGUACGUGAAUCAAUGAAUAAAAUUAAUGAUAUUAAACGAACAUCGAUAAAAAUUCCGGCAACCUGUUGAUUUAUGUUGCAACCUAAAAUUCAUUUAUGUUGAUUUGAUUGAUGUUUCUUUUUUUUUGAAAUUGAAUAAAAAAAGUUUUUUGUUUUGUUUUGUUUUGUUGAUUUGUUUUGUUUUG